AUGAUCUAUAUAUACCACCUAUUUCCUCCUCCAUUUCCCGCUUUGUCCAUCACUCCAGCAUCGAGCAGUUCGCAAUUUUACCCUUCUCAACCACAUCAACCGCCUUCAUCCCAGACUCCUGAUCAGUCCCAACCCGGCCAAAAUGAACGAGCAUUGCGUUCCCCGAACCCAAAUCCCGAGCGUCUCUACCGGGUGCAGCACGACAAAUCCUUCACAAAGGACGUGGAAGAGGGGCUAGUUGCAGCUGACAUGCAAACUUUCACCGAGGACACAUACGAAUUUGCCAUUGCCCUUGAGAACCACAUCAACGGGUUCAAGGAGGAAGGCAGAAGCAUGUUCAUCUCAACUUUUGCCAGCAAGGCUCAGGCCGAAGACUGGAUGUGUCGCAACUGGCGUUUGUAUGGCGAAGGAGCUCAAAUAUUGGAGAUUGAAACCUGUCACCUUGGUCAUGGGUACGUGUACCGCGCCGGCGAAGUGGCUCACACUCUAGAGGUAGACACCUCAGAGACCACAUACAAAGACCUUCACAAUGAGUAUUUGAUCUUGCACUUUGUUCCUGCUCGCGCUAUCAUCGCUCGGCGGGCUCGGAUGAUAACCCAUGACUUGGACAACAACUCGGAUCCCAUGGGGACGCCGGUCUCUACAGGAAGCAACAACUCAUAUGCGACGAUGGAGGCGUCACAAUCGCCACCACUUCUACCGGCGGCUGGCCAGCCAUCUUCUGCACAUCGGCGGCUGAAGACACAGGACAGAGCAAAAUUCGUUAGGUCAGCCCGAAUCAGAGAGUCUUACCCAUCUUCGCGCCCUUCAAACUCUGGGCAAGCCCCCUAG